AUGGCAAAAUCCCAAGUUAGCUUAUGCAAGCUCUUUGCUCUCUUCAUCAGCUUUCUUCUCAUAGCAUCAUGUGGGAUUCCAGUGGCGGAAGGUGGUAGCCCGCUAUGCAGUAAGAUGAGCCAGACUUGGAGUGGCUUCUGUGGGAUAUCUAAACACUGUGACAACCAAUGCCGGAAAUGGGAGAAGGCCGAGCGCGGGGCCUGCCACCACAAGGGACUUGGAUUUGCCUGCUUUUGCUACUUCAAAAAAUGCUGA